GGGGCGCCGUGAGGGAGCCGUGAGGGCGCCAUGAUGGCGGCCGAGGAGGAGAAGGAGCUGCAGGGUGUGAGGCGCCGUUGUGGGCGGGAGCCCCGCCGGACGGACGCCGAAGAACCUACAGAUGUUAAGAAAAAGGAGAAGCCUCUUCCAAAACUUAAUAUCCAUUCUGCCUUCUGGAUUUUGGCCUCCAUUGUUUUGACAUAUUAUGUUGAGUUUUUUAAGACUGUUAAAGAAAGCGUACUAACAGAUAGCUGGUUUCUCGUCGGCAGCGUCUUGUUGACCGUAAGCGUGACGAUUGCGUUGUACUGCAUCGGAUACCUGGAGUGGUGCUGUGGGAUUGGGGACUAUGAUACCAGGUAUCCUGCCCUGAUACCCAUUACGACGGCCACUUUCAUCUCUGCAGCCAUCUGUUUCAACAUCGCCUUAUGGUCUGUGUGGUCCUUUUUCACUCCGCUGUUACUGUUCACUCAGUUUAUGGGCGUGGUGAUGCUUGUCUCACUCUUUGGCUGAUGUCUUCAAGAUACUGAACAUCCAGAAGUGUGUUGACCCAGGGUAAAUGGAGAGCCCCAUUUCCACGUGAAACAGCAGAAGACUGCGCCAUUCUAUCUAAAACUCCUGAUUUCGAAUGCAAGUUACAACAGCACUACAGCAGAGCUUAAAGCAGGCACUUUGGGAAGCUGUAGUGUGUAAUAUUCUCUAAUGACCAAACUGAAAAUGCCUAAUUCAGCGGCGGAGAUUGUCGACGGGCCGAAGCCAAAUUCGAGCUCCGUUGAGCUCACACACGCUUCUUGCAUGACCCCACAUUCCAGUAUAUUCAUCUUCGUGGAUGAAAAGUGACAUAUCUUAAUUCUACUUGCCUUUUUAUAUAAAUACGAUUUCAGGGUAUGGACCGAAACAAACGGCGGCCAUAUUCUGUGAGGGAAAUUUAAGGUUCAUAUUUUCAGGUGGCCAGCGAUGGUUUUUCGGUGUGUGGGCCUAAUGCGUUGUCAUUAAUAAAAUGGAUAUGAAGAGUUUGGGC